AUGUCGUCUGAAAAAAUCGAUAUCAUCGGUAAAAUCGAGUUAAUUGAACCUACAACCGGAAAAUUAUUUUUCGAGCACAAAACUGAAUUAAUUUUCUGCCAACCACAUUUAAUAGCUUUAAAAUCGCUUUCAUUAGACCGUUUGGAGGAAAUGCAACGUAAAAUAUCGCGGCAAUUACAAGAGAAACUCAUUGAUGACCCUAGUGUAAAUAACAUUCACAAACGUGUCUAA